AUGCAUAUAUAUGGCCUUUCACUCCCUCGCGCGGAAUCAGUCAUCGUACCCGCUUUCAUCGUACCAUCUCCAGCGGUCACCGAAAUGGUCUCCUACCAUCUCCCCACCGAUGCCGAGGCAAGCAUGAUUCACGACAUCAAAGAGCUGUUCGCAAUGUCUUUCAUUGGCUUUGGCCUAUCGACGAUCAUCUUUGGCAUUUCGAUGUUACAGACAUACCUCUACUAUCGUCACCAUGCGUCUGGGGAUGGUCGCGGAACUAAACUCACUGUGGCGAUUCUCUAUGUCCUCAACUCUAUCGGGACGAUAUUCAUCGCCCAUUCCUUGUACACCUAUUGGAUCCUUAACUUCAAUAAGCCUCCCGAGGUCGAGGAUGAUAUUCCCUGGAGCAUGACGGCGGAGAAGAUUUGCGUCACUUUUAUUGCUCUUAUCGCUCAAUGUUUCUACGCUCGCAUGAUUUGGCAAGACAACUACAAUAGGCUCUUACCCUCCAUCAUCGUAUUCCUUGCCUUAAUUACGUUCGCGCUUGGUAUUGCUUCUUCCGCACGCCUCUUCAUAAACCCGUUGGACACAUCGCGCGGCUUUCUCAUUCUCACGGGCAUGGGCCACGGUCUCGCCGCAUUCACCAACUUUAUCAUCUCGAUUUGCCUAUGUGCCUGGUUGUUUGUACGAAGGAAGGGCUCGAGUAUUUAUGGGAGCUCAAGCGAAUUCGGACUGGCCAAAAUCGUAGAUACCCUACUGUUAUAUUUCAUUAGUCGAGGGGUCCUGACUGCACUAUCGCAGCUCAUCUUUCUCUCACUCGACCUCCGUUAUCCGGAUGAGAAAUACAUGAUUCCCUGGCACCAAGCGGUUGGUAAACUCUACGUGAACUCGGUCCUCGCUGCCCUCAAUAUGCGACCCAAGAACCCAGCGUGGGCCAGGGGUAGCACAGAGGACACCACCACCUUUGACGGCCGCAUUUCCACUAAUGCUGACAAACUGGAGCCCAGCCACGAAAAGAACGAUCCGGAGGCGAUAUAA